AUGAUAUCGCGCGGAGCUCAACCGAUUACAGAACCUCCCGACUCACCAACUACUUCUAACCGUGAAUGGCUGGAAACUGGGAUCAAAGGAGGUUAUAUUCGCGAGAUUCCGUUCGGCCAAUUUGAGAAUCUUAGUUUGCUUGGCAGAGGAGGGUUCGCCAACAUAUUUAAAGCCACCUGGAAACAAGCAGGCAAGGAGGUGGCAUUGAAGUGUAGCUACGCUCUUCAUGACGACGAGCUUGCAAUUAAUGAGCUUGUCAGAGAGCUCAAAUUAAUUCGAGCCGUUGAUUACUGCGACCAUGUCGUAAAAUUUUACGGCAUCACAAAAGAUGAGAAAAAGGGCAGAUAUUAUAUUGUAUUGCAAUAUGCUUCUGGUGGGACGCUUAGAGAAUAUCUCUCUCAGAAUUUUGAUACCUUGACUUGGCAAACGAAAAUAAGGUUAGCCAAGGAGAUUACCAUGGCUUUGGUCUCUAUUCAUGGUGCAGGAAUAUUGCAUCGAGAUUUGCAUUCCAAAAAUGUGUUGCUACAUAACGACAAAAUCAUUGUGGCAGACUACGGACUGGCCAAAAUAGCCGAAGAAACUUCAAGCUCGAUACAAGGAGGAAUGGUGGCUUAUGCUGAUCCCUCUUGGUUGGAGAAUAAUUCAUUUAGUCGCACUCGGGCAUCAGACAUAUAUAGUCUGGGUGUUUUGAUGUGGGAACUUUCAAGUGGGCGCCAGCCCAAUUUAAACACCAGAUCGGCUCAUGAACUUAUGAAUAAGCUCAUAAAGGGCGAACGUGAAUUGCCAUUAAAAGGCACGCCAAUGGCAUAUGCGCAUCUCUUCCAAGAGUGCUGGCAGAUCAAUCCAACAAAACGUCCAUCCGCAGCAGAGGUGCUACAAGCAUUGAUCGAACUUGAACCUGUCAUCGAUAGCGUUAAUAAAUACGCUAUUCUGAAAGUUGAUGAUGACUUGCUGGAAAUCCCUGGGCCGCUUGUGAGGAAACCAAGUCAGAGGCAUUUUAGCUCUGAUGAACGGCAUUCAACUGAUUCUUCCGAUUCAUCAUCACAACCAGAUUCAGAGUCCGCAGAAAACAUCCCCAUUGUCUAUAGUUGUGAUAAAACACUCGAAGUGUAUUCGAGCCAGUUCCGUGACAAUACAGCAGUGGGCCGUUGUCGUGCUGGUCUUCAUGCCGGAUUUGGGGAUGCCUCCGGCUUACGCUACCACCUCGAUCAGAACGAAGAUGUCGAUGGCAACUAUCGAUUUAACGGUCAAUUUUGUCCUCUUGUAAUUUUAACCGCAAGAUUCUGCCCGUCUCGGCGAAUCUUGGAUGUCUUAAAGGUGAUCAAACAUUAUAAUGGGGUUAUAGCAAUACAAGACGAAAAGAACAAUACAGCUCUACAUUGGCUAGCGGAAAAUAGCAGUCUAGUGAGGAGUUCAGCUAGUGCCAGGAAUUCCACCAACACGCAAGACUAUAUGAAGCUGGCUAUUGAAUGGCUAAUAGCGGAGGGCAUUGAUGUAAAUGCCCAGAAUAAGCAUGGACGCACUGCGCUCUCCUGGUUUGUGGAAAAGGAGAUCCCCCAAGCUGUUGAUGCAUUGCUUCGGUUUGGCGCAGACCCUAAUAUUCCUGAUCUAUUGGGGUAUACACCCCUGCACCGUAUACUCAAUUUCGAGUAUAGACAAUAUCAUGUCGAAAACCUGGAAAUCGUUACGACGUUACUGUCGAACAAGGCUAAUCCUAAUUUAGCCACCAGACGUGAUUCCGGGAUGUAUUAUCCGAACUGCUUGUUUAUCGCUGUUCAUAGGAAUUGGCCGCAGGAGAUAUUACAAGCGCUAAUGGAUCGGAAUGCCAACCCACAGGCACACACAUCUGAAGGUCUUGGUUUAUAUGCAUAUGCACAAAAGAGACGCAAUAGUGAUACGGAUGGCAUGGAAGACACGAAUGGCAUGGAAGACACGAAUGGCAUGGAAGACACAAAUAGCAUGGAAGACACGACUGGCAUGGAAGGCAUGGAAGACAUGGAUGACGCAGAUGAUACGGAUGACACGGGUGCCAGAAUAUCUAUGCGGAGCAAGACAUAA